GCUGCAAUGAUUUUCAUCCCCUUUAGCAAAGUCUAUUUCUAGGAUUUGUAUGUGGUGCUGUAUACUGUUGACAUGAUAUAUUCCUUUUUUUAAUGAAGUCAGCAUGGCUCAGCAGAUUAGAUACAGGAAGGAUGACUUAGCAUGCUGGUCGGGCCCCAGAAACCUGAGCAAAUCCCCUCAGUUUCCCAGGCUGUAAAUACAGAUAAGUGUGAGUGUGUCUCUUUCAGAGAGUGCCUGUGGAAAAUUCUAGGCUUUAAAAGUGAUUGUUAAUCUCUGUGUGGAGACAUUUGGUUUGGGGACAUUGCUUCAAGAGUAAAUGUGUCUAAUCCUGCUCUGAGUAAGUAAGUACACUGAUGAAGCUGUGAUAUUUCUCCAGAUGGGACCUGGGUCACAUGGAAGGGUCAGGACUUUUCAGAAAAGAAGAUGGACCAGCCUAGUGGAAGAAGUUUUAUGCAAGUAUUGUGUGAAAAAUACAGUCCUGAAAACUUCCCUUACCGCCGUGGCCCUGGGAUGGGAGUCCAUGUCCCAGCCACUCCUCAGGGCUCUCCCAUGAAAGAUCGCCUCAACCUCCCAAGUGUGCUCGUGUUGAAUAGCUGUGGGAUUACCUGUGCAGGAGACGAGAGAGAAAUUGCUGCCUUCUGCGCUCACGUGUCCGAACUCGAUCUUUCUGACAACAAACUGGAAGACUGGCACGAGGUCAGUAAGAUUGUGUCAAAUGUUCCUCAGUUGGAGUUUCUAAACCUGAGUUCCAAUCCUCUGAAUCUGUCGGUUUUAGAGAGAACAUGCGCUGGGUCCUUCUCGGGGGUUCGCAAACUUGUCCUCAACAACAGCAAAGCAUCAUGGGAAACAGUGCACACAAUACUUCAGGAGUUACCAGAUUUGGAGGAGCUCUUCCUGUGCCUUAAUGACUAUGAAACAGUGUCUUGUCCUUCUGUCUGCUGUCAUUCCCUUAAGCUCCUACACAUCACAGACAAUAACCUCCAAGACUGGACUGAAAUCCGAAAGCUCGGGGUAAUGUUUCCUUCCCUGGAUACCCUGGUCCUGGCCAACAAUCACGUGAAUGCUAUCGAGGAACCUGCUGACUCCCUGGCUAGGUUGUUCCCUAACCUGCGAUCCAUCAGCCUCCACAAGUCAGGUUUGCAAUCAUGGGAAGACAUUGACAAACUAAACUCCUUCCCCAAGCUUGAAGAAGUGAGGUUGCUUGGAAUUCCUCUUCUGCAGCCAUAUACCACCGAGGAACGGCGGAAGCUGGUGGUGGCCAGACUGCCCUCUGUUUCCAAACUCAAUGGCAGCGUUGUGACUGAUGGAGAGCGAGAAGAUUCGGAGAGGUUUUUCAUCCGGUACUACGUGGACGUCCCACAGGAGGAAGUGCCAUUCAGGUAUCAUGAACUCAUUACAAAAUACGGGAAGUUGGAGCCUUUGGCCGAAGUGGACCUGAGACCCCAGAGCAGCGCCAAGGUAGAAGUCCACUUUAAUGACCAAGUGGAAGAAAUGAGCAUCCGCCUGGACCAAACAGUAGCAGAACUGAAGAAACAACUCAAAACUCUAGUGCAGUUGCCCACGAGCAGCAUGCUCCUCUACUACUUUGACCACGAGGCCCCCUUCGGCCCGGAAGAGAUGAAGUACAGCUCCCGAGCGCUGCACUCUUUCGGCAUUAGGGAUGGAGAUAAAAUUUUUGUGGAAUCAAAAACAAAAUAACCUCUACCAGCCUUGUAAAAACUCACAUAAGGACUUCCUGCAGGGUGUUUGUUUCCAGCGUGCUUUUCUUUAGGAGGAAGGGCAUUUCCGUUUCGUUUUGGGUUUUGUUUAGCUUUUGGAGGGGUUUUGUAUAUUUUCUUCCCCUAGAAUGGGUAGGGGAUUGUUUUUGGUAUUUUCUACCACAGAUUACUUCAGCUCAGUCAGCAGACCUGGCUGCAUCUCCAGUCUUUAUUCUCUCUCUCUCUCUCUCUCUCUCUCUCUCUCUCUCUCUCUCUCUCUCUCUCUCUCUCUCUCUCUCAUGAAAGAUGACAGAGAAAUCACCGACUUCUUACUGUGUUGCUGGGGUUUGUCAGCCUCUGGGCUCUUUCCUGCUAGGCUCGAAGACAGAGUGGCCCCUCAGAGGGGUGGUGCAGUGUUCAGAUCCAGAGAUGGGGAUCUUCCCUGGAAGGGCCAGCACCUUCCAUCUCUGGUCCUUCUUCCCCUCCUCCUCUUUUCCUUUCUGGGGUCCAUUUUUCACUCUGACUUGCACACACUUACCUGGUAGUUUUAUUCUGUUUAUAAUUUACUUGGUGGGUUUUUUUCCCCCUCAAAUUUGACACCCCCCCCCAUUCUCCGUUUUAAAUGCUUUUGAGUAUUUUAAGCAUUUUCUCAGCCGGAUUCUGAUCUCAGGAACUCCGUUAGGCUUUUAAAGAGAAGUAGGUGAAGAGUUAAACCCAAGGAAACUUGCUGUUGCCCUGGCAGCAUGGGUGGAGCGCUUUAACCCCUUUGCUCCUGAAGCCCCUCGUGCAUUCAAUCAGCCAUCGCUCCUGUUACGUCUUUUCUUUCUGCUAGGGAUUGCAUUUCCUGACAGCUUUAUCACAUAAGCUACUGGAAAUAAAGGGAGAGCCUGGACAGUUCCGGGGAUGUACUCCACAGCAGAGGCAGCUGAUAGGCUGGCCAGGGUGUGGGGCGGAGGUGGAGGGAUCAGGAGAGAGUGAGCUUGCUCACGCUCCUGCCUGUAUCGUCCAUCCAUCCGAAGCCCUGUCCUUGCAGUGUCACUAAAAGAGAGAUUUUCAUCAAAGGGAACUGUAGUUCCCACCUUUUUCUUGGGACUUUGUGGUGUCAUAAUUGAACAGCUAUUUUGUUUUGUAUUUUAUUUGACGUCCCCUGUGGAAUGAUUUGCCUAAUCUGUGAGUGAAGUUUCAAUGUCACAACUCCCCAGGUUUCUUUUGCAGAAGUGUGUCUAAGCCACUUGUCCUUUAUUUAACGCCAGUUCCCUGCAUUCUCUGGAACCUUUUUCCUUGUCCUUCCGUUUUUGUUAAUUAGAUUAGGUCCUUUCUUUAGUAUACGGAUUUUUUUUUUCCUUUCACCUUUGUUAUGGGGUUCCACUUCUCCUACAAACUUCAUUUCUUAUCCACUCUUUAGAUGGCCCUUAUGGCUUCUUCACAGAUGGGGAGCUGUGGUUUUUCGUUUCCUCCUCCUCGUGGCAGGCGUUUGUUCUCUUGAUGCACUUCAGGUUCAGUAUCUCUAAAGCUGUUGACUCAGGCCUACUGAAGCAGGCCUGCGUUCACCGCAGCGCUAAAGGUGACGAAAACCAAAGGGUUUAGAAAGGUGAGCGGGGCCGGUUCUCCUGCUGCAGACUUUAUCUCAGAGUUCUAAAAGUGAGCAGCAGGGAUCAGGCCAGUAGAGACAAGGACAAUUAUUUUGCAGUUGCAUUUUCUGGACAGAUUUUUGGAAAUAAGAAAAAAAAAAAGUGUGGCCGCGGUGUCACGAAGAUGAAGACUGUGGGUGCUUUGUGUCUGUGCGCGUGAGUGCGGAGGAGGGUGCGAGCGAGCGAGCGAGCGAAACUGUAAUGGAGACUUUGCUUUUGUCGGCCUGGGAAACAGAUGCACUCUUAUUUUUGAACUUUGGAGCCACUCCGGUCCCACGGCAGAAGGCAGAGUGAGCACUUACACUUUGGGCAUAAGUGGAAUGGUCACAAUAAGAUAUUUUAUAUAUGACAAAGUUUUACGAGACGCUUUUUUACUCUUUGAGACCCGUUUCUUCUGUUGUUACAGAACACAGUGUUUAUCUACUGCAGACCUAAUCCUUUAUUACAGUUGCAUGGGAAGGGAACUGCUCAGCCAAUUGAACUGGUGGAGGUAUUUCUGGGGCAUUGUGAUUGGUGGUUGGAAUAACUGCCGAAUCAUUUCCAAGUAAGAAAAUCUCACAGACAGUCCUUGGGCUUCUAGAAUUACAGAAGUAACUGAGAAAGCUGUUUGAGCAUGCAUAUUUACAGACUUAUUUGGGUGGCUGAGUAAAGAGGCUGCUUUUGAAAUAAAAUCGGUGCUGUGUAGACAUUUAUAAUUAUUUAUAAUUUUAUAAUACUCUGUUAUAAAAUUAUUUUUAUAACAGACGCAGAAGGAGGAAAGAAGAGACUGUGGACCUUUGAGUCUGCACGUUACGCAUCAUGCUUGUCUCUAUUUUAAUAUUGACUCCAUCAGAUCGAGUGGGAGCAUAUUGUUGACAGUUAGGAGGCAAAAUGCUGUCCUCACUGGUAUUACAGAGAUGUGCCUUCAGGCACAGCAGAGAGAACAUGCUUUUCUAAAGUAGAAUUUCUUUUCAGUUGUGGAAAAGGAAAGGAAUAACACAAGAAAGCCAAACCCAAACCAAGAGUCCUACCUUGGAGCUGCUAAAGCUGUGGUCCAAAUCGAUUUAUGAGUUUGAUUGUUGAGAUCCAGAUUUCUUUACAAGAAGGAAAGGCCCACAGUUGCCUAUUUCUGCAGCCUGUUGCCAUAAAUGCAUAAGAAAGCGGUGGUGAUGAACACUCCUUUUAAAGACCUUUUGGUGAAAAUGAAGCCGAAGGGCUGAGGGCUGUGAUGCUGCACCCACAAAGAGCUGCUUAACUAAGGGGAAGAGCAGAUGCAAUUGCAACUGGGUUUUCUAGCCAUGUCACCCCACCAGCCAUGCUGGGAGCAGAGGACACUUUGUUACGCAGUUUUGAUCACCAUGGGAGCCAUGCCACCAAUAGCUUUCCUACCCCACAGAGUGUGGCUCUCUACACUGCAGCUUAGGCCCAAGGGCUGGUAGAGCAUGCCUUCAGAAUGCUCCAUAGUUCUUACGUACCGUCAUUUCUGUUUAUGAAUUUGACUCUCCUUUCAUUUCAUGUAAGACUGAAAUGCAAACAAACUGCUUUCAAGAAUGCCCAGAAGCUCUGUGUCCCCAAAUGUUGUUGUGAACUCUACUGUUUUUCAUAGGUGCUUCCUUCAAAUGUAUGUUUCUUGUAGUGACAGAGAGGGGCUGGACUCUCGGGCCCUUUACAAUUGUCUCCUGCAGUUAAUGGAAAUAUAAAUAUAUAUAUAUUUUAUUUUAGAAUAUAAUUUAAACAUGAAGGUCUAUUCUUUGCACUUUUUAUUAAUAUAUAUAGAGAGAUAAUCUUUAAAAAAUUAAAAAUCCAAGUCCAUUUAA